AUGCUGAAGAAUCUCCCAAAAGUGGGAGCACAAGUUGGCCGGUACAACAUCAAAUCUGACUUGGCCCCCAUUCUUACAAAAAUUCUUGAAAAGCAUGGAGAUAUUGCUUUGGAUUGCAAAAUUGAUCCCAAGGUUCCAUUGGAGAACAUAUGCAAAGCUGUUCAGGACCUUGAAUCAGUCUGCUUAAGUGGCCUACGCUCCCAUCAUGUGAACCACCUAAGAAGUGUGCUGCAACUUGGUGAAGCUGUAGGGAUCAAUGUGAAAUGGCUCUGCAAGCGAUGUAACGACCUUGAGAAGCUUGCUUCUCAUCUUAGCCAGUACCCUACUCUAAAGAGUGAUCUGGCUCAUACCAAAAAGGAUAUCCAGCAUAAAGAAGAGAUGCUGAGUUCGAAAAGAACCAUGGAGGCAAACCUGCUACCGGAAAUCAAGUCACUGGAAGCAGAAUUGGAGUCACUGAAGGAAUACAAAGAGAAGUCAGUUUCUGCCUUGCAGUCCAUUACUUCAUUUUUUGGAACCUUCCAUGAUAAGUCUGUGGUGGAUGGACUACUUUAG